ACCCUAGCCCCUCCGGAGCUUCUCAGCACACGCGCUACUCGAGCUCGCUACCCUUCCUACCUUGCACCUAAGACCAGGAGAAAAGGCUCCCCACAAUGCCUCCUCGAAGACGACGGAACAAUGCGGCAGACUCGCCGCCGCCAGACCCAGCACACUCCCCGCCCUCACCCAUCAGAUCCCACGAGGCCGCACCGUCAUCCAUCACCUCCGGCCCCGACAACAGUUCCUCGGGUUUGGCACCAGACGCGGAGGCCGACCCCCCGCCGCCGCGCUUCUUCAAUACCACCUUCACCACGUACCGUGUCUCCCCGCUCUACCUCGAGCGCCAUCAGCCCUUGUCCCCGCCGCGCCUCCGCGCCCUUGCCUGGCGCCUCCGCGACACGCUCGUCGGUGACGUCGUGCGCGGCGUGCAGGUCGGGCUCGAGGGCGACGCCGCCGCCACCGCGUCCCUGGGCCGCAGCGGCGCGCUGGAGGCCGUCGAGUUCCGGUGGGUCGACGUCCGGCGCAUCCUCGGCGAUGGGGGGGCUCCGCGGCGGCAGCGUAGCUUAGAGCUCGGGGCUAGCGACGACGGCGAGCAAGCGCGCGGAGAAGGGCUGAAUGCGCUGUGCGUCGAACUCCGCUACGAGAACACGCACUUCUGCGCCCUGCUCCUGCCCGACCUCGCCCGCGAGGACAGAGAUGCGCCCGACUCCCGCAGCCAGCCCUCGUGGACGUGGCAGGCGAACAGAGACGGGGAUAAGUCGCAGGCGAGUGGAGUAGACUCAAACGCAUUCCUGCACCUCCCGCUCCUCCUGUUCCGGAUGCCCGCGCCGCUCAAGUCCGUCAUCAUCGACUUCCUCUCCACCACCUUCGACUGCCGCAUCAGCCCCUUAGCCCUAGGCACCCGGACGCUCGUCGGCAGCCUGGAAGCCUGGCUUCGGAAUACCGGGCUCGCCACUAGCAACCAGCCGCCAGCCUUGACCAAGGAUAUCCUCCUCCUGUUAGGCUUUCACCUAGAACCUCCCGAGCCGAGGUUGGGGGAGUCGGGGCGCGACGACGGCAGUGGCGACGACGGCGGAGAGGCUCGGGAACCGGCAUCGGCCCAGCUGGGCUUGAAGACCAUCGACGUCGCCAUACCCGCCGCCGACGUGCGCCGCUUCCUGCGUGUGGGCGAGAGGCUCGCCUCGGAACGGCCGCAAGCAGCCGCGGCGGGCGGGAAGAGGAAGGCCGGCGCGACCACCGUCCUCUCCGACGAGCAGCAGGCCCGGAGGCGCCGCAAGCUGGCAGGCGGAAGGGACGAAGAGGGGUGGGGGUGGCGGCGCCAGAACCCCGGCCGGGACCGCGACGCAAACGGGACGGCAGACGACGCCAUCGACCAGCCCUUCACCGAGGCCCUCGCUAUCUACCUGCGGCACCACCUGGGGCUGGACCUGUUCCACCCGGGCGUGCGCGUCCAGCGCGCCGCCUGCGAUGGGUUCGUCAUCUCUGAGGGGCGCCUCAAAGUCUUUGCCCCGACCCGCAGUCGCCGUGGCGCCGGCGGCGACGAGGGAGAGGCUGACGGGGAGGCUGCUGCUGCCUGGGUGCUGGUGCGCAGCCUAGUACGGAAAGCCCGCGGUCGGCCGGGAUGGGGCGCCGGCGCCACGGCGGCGAUGGUGCUGGCGAAAUAAUUCGAGUAUCGAGCAGUGGUGCGAAACGCCUGCAUCUCAGGCAGUAUGUCCCACUUCAUUAUACGCUUAGGAACGUGAGGGGAGGGGGAUCCCAUGCGCUUCGUGACCAGCAGCUUCUCUGCUCGUUUGCCCGCUUUACGGGACCCCGAUAGGUAGGACGGAUAAUAUAAAAUGAUACCCUGGCGUGCAGUACUAGAACAUAAUGAUUCGAGG